UUCGAUAAAACAUAUCAUUGCUACAGAUCGGAAAAAAUACAUAAUUGUUAUUGAAUGAUCGAUUUUAAAGAGAACAAUGUUGACAUUCAUAAAUGUUAAUCAUAUGUUGUCAGUAAUGAGACAAUGGUAGUGCCACAGGAUAAAUUAGAUUUUACAGUCUAUUACACUUGAUUUAAUCAGAGUUUAGAUUCAGAUUACAAAACACGAUUUAUUCUGGUACAGUUUUUACCACAGAUGUGAUUUUCUUCUUGGGAUUUAAACAGUUAAAAACAGUCACCAGGUUUGUUAUUGAAGGUUUAAAUAUUGUUAAAGAUGACAUCAAAGCAAAGCAGCUGGUGCUGCUGUUUUAGUGGACGUCCCCCAGAAAUUACUCGUCUUGCAGCAGAUCCUAUCCAACCCAUUCAGAUUGACAUUCCCAUGCCAGAUGAUGAAAAUGAAAUCGAUACAAAAUUUUCGGAGAUUGUGGCUGAACUAGAUGUUGACCAAGCCCACAGAGAUGCUUUAUUUAACUUGCCACCAGACAAGAAAUGGCAACUGUAUUGCAGUAAAAUUCAGGACAGAGAAAUGCCAGACGCCUAUAUUGAUAACAUUAACAGUUUAUCGGAUACUAGAGUAAGUUUUGAUGACUUUAAAGAAGACCAGGGGUUGGAAAUUGUGGAUGGUCUGAAAACAGCCCUCAGGACGCAACCUAUGAGUUUCGUGACAAGAUUUCUGGACAAGGAAGGUUUAGAAUGUUUGCUGAAUUUUCUGAAGAGAAUGGACUUUACCACAAUGGAAAGCAGUAUACAUACAUCUGUUAUAGGAUGUAUAAAGGCUCUUAUGAAUAAUUCUCAAGGAAGGGCUCAUGUAUUUGCUUUUCCUGAUAGUGUCAACAUCAUCGCUCAAAGUUUAUCAACAGAAAACAUUAAAACAAAGACAGCUUUGUAUGAAAUUCUUGGUGCAAUGUGUUUGGUUCCUGGUGGUCAUAAAAAGGUUCUAGAGGCAAUGCUACAUUACCAGAAAUAUGCUGCAGAAAGAACCAGAUUUCAGAGUUUGAUAUUUGACCUUGAGAGAAGUACAGGAAGAUACAGAGAGGAAGUGAAUCUAAAGACAGCCAUAAUGUCUUUCAUAAAUGCUGCUCUCAAAUAUGGUCCUGGGCAGGAAAGUUUAGAAUUUCGUCUUCAUCUUCGAUAUGAGUUUCUUAUGCUUGGUAUACAGCCUGUUAUAGAUAAACUAAGAAACCAUGGAAAUGCUACUUUAGAUAGACAUUUAGACUACUUUGAAAUGAUGAGAAAUGCUGAUGAAAAGCAGUUAUGCUCAAGAUUUGAAAAUGUCCAUGUAGAUACAAAGAGUGCUUACAGUAUGUUUGAUGUACUGCGGAAGAAGUUAACCAUGAGUAGUGCUUAUCAAAAUUUUAUGUCUAUAAUGCAGCAUCUUAUUCUACUUCCAUUUGGCAAUGAUAUGAACAUAGUUGGAUUAUGGAAAGUGAUUGACCAGAUUGUGCAACAAGUAGUGCUACAACAGAAGAAUGGCAAGGAUCCAGAUGUGGGAACAGUAGAAAUGAAUGUCAAAAAUAUUGUUAGACAAAUGACCAGUGAGACAGACCUUAAUAGUUUACAACAGAAAUUAAAAGAUCUGUCUAAACAGAAUGAAGAAAUGGAAAGUAAACUGGCAAAGAAAGACCAUGAAUGUGAAAUUAAAAAUGAAGAAAAGGCUGAGUUAGCAGCUACAGUAACAAGAAUGGUGGCAAAACUUGAUAGUCAAACAGAUUUAAAACAAGUUAUAGAUAAACUCAAUAUGGAAAUUGAAAUGCUCAAAGCCCAGUUAGCUGCCAAACCUACAGACAGUAGAUUAUCAGACAUGGUCAUCAACUCUUGUAGUAUACCUGAUGAUGCUAAAGUAGGAAUCUCAACUUCAGCUGCAGACGCAUACUACAAAUCAUUAGCUCCAGCACCCCCACCCCCUAUGGCUCCACCACCACCCCCAGCACCAGGUGCACCCCCUCCACCGCCAGCUCCAGGGAUGAUGUCAGGAAGGGGUCAAUCCAGUAAUCAUCCUAAACCUAAAAAACCAAUGAAGUCAUUAAACUGGGACAAACUUCCAGAUAUGGUUGUUUCUGGGACAGUUUGGAAUCGUUUACAACAUGAAAAGGUGUAUCCAAAACUAGAUUUAAAUGAUUUUGAAAAGACAUUUUCUGCCUAUCAAAAAAAGAUAGAAGGUGAAGAACAAUCUAGUAGGACUAGUAAACACAAAGAGUUAGCUUUGAUUGAUGGACGUCGUGCUCAAAACUGUACAAUAUUGUUAUCUAAACUGAAACUAAGCAACGAGGAAGUAAUAAAGGCUGUGACAGACAUGGACAGUAGAGAGGAUUUACCUAAGGACAUGUUAGAACAGUUAUUAAAAUUUGUGCCAACUGCAGAAGAAAUCCAAACAUUAAAUGAGCAUUCACAGGAAGUAGAUAAUAUGGCAAGAGCAGACAGAUUCUUGUUUGAAGCCAGCCAAGUUUUCCAUUAUGAAGCUAUUUUAAAAGCCCUUUAUUUCAAGAAAAAGUUCCCAGAGCGAUUAGGUGAUAUCAGACCAAAGAUAAAUGCUGUGAUAGAUUCAUCAAACACAAUGAUGAAAAGUACAAAGUUACGACAACUCCUAGAGAUAAUCUUAGCCCUAGGUAACUUUAUGAACAGAGGACAGAGAGGAAACGCCAAAGGUUUUAAACUGAACAGUCUAAACAACAUGUUAGACACUAAAUCAAGUAUGGAUAGAAAUGUUACACUGCUACAUUAUCUGGUGGACGUACUGGAGAAAAGGUUCCCCAAGAUCAUGCCACUAGAAAGUGAGUUGCCAGAUGUAAAGGUGGCUUCAAAAGUCAACAUGGGAGAGUUGGACAAAGAAAUAGUUGUUUUGAGGUCAGGUCUUUCAGAGAUAGAAAAGGAGAUAGUAUUGUUUGAGAAGCAGUCCAUGCAUGGUAAAGUGAGAUUUGUCAGUGUGAUGACGGAUUUUGUAGCUGUGGCAUCUUAUAACGUAUCAGAAAUAGAGGAAGCCUAUAUAGAAAUGAUAAAUAAGUUUAAAGAAGCAGCAAAAUCCUUUGGAGAUAUCUCAGAUGAUUCUAAACCUGAUGAUUUCUUUGGAAUCAUGGAUACUUUCAUAAAUUCAAUAAACGAUGCAAAACAAGAAAAUGAGAGAAUAAGACAGUUGAAAGAAGAAGAAGAAAGAAGGGCAAAAUUAGAAGAACAGAUGAGAAGAGAAAGGGAAAAAUCAAGAAUGAAAAAAGGGGAGAAUUCAAAUGGCAAAGCUGGAUCUGCCAAAGGUGAAUUUGACGAGCUUAUAUCAGCGUUAAGGACAGGAGAUGUAUUUGGAGAAGAUUUGUCAAAGAUGAGAAGAAACAGAAAAAGGGCUGUAACUCCACAAAGGGAAAACUCAAGAGAAAGAGCUGGAGCUAUGAAAACUGCCAGAGCCAUACUUACUGAACAAUAAAUGUCAGUUUACAAGCAAUGUAUGUCAUGUGGUCUUAAUUUGUAUUGGUUGUGUACUUAGUGCUCUCAUUAGUUAUGUAACAAAAUGACUUUUUUUCAAUUAUGCACAUGCAAUAGUAGAAUUGUAGUUUUUCGUUACAAACAAGUGUUCAUUGAAAUUCGUAUGGAAGGAUUGUAAAAUUGAAUGAAAUGGAAAUCUCAUACAUUCAGUUGUUCCAGACUUUGAUAUUCUUACUUCAAAUCAAAAUUAUCUUGACUUUGAAAUGGCAUUUAUUUAGAAAAAAUACAAAUGUAUUGAAGAGAACGAUCUGAGAAUUAUGUUCUGUUUCCGACAUAAUAGUAAAAUGAUAUUAUUUACCAUUAAAGAGAAGCAGUAUUUAUUAUUAGAUUAAAAUUUAUUUUAAAAAAAUGCUGGAUAAUUUUUUUCAAUUCUUUAUAGACAUAAUGUAUAUUACUUUCUCUCUUUAUGAAUAUAAUUUAUAAACCUGAUAUACUUUAUAAGAAUAUCACUAAAUUACAUCUACACAAAUAAAAUCUCAAGAAACAGUUUGAUAUUUGAUUUAGAAUUAAAUCAGAAAAAUAACAUGAUAUCUGGCUGAUGAGCUUUCUGAUGCUGAGAAUCUUAAUAAUGACAAUACAAUCUUGAUUCAAACUGAAAUAAGAAUACAAUUGUAUGAUAAAGGAAAUGAAAGGCAGAGUUACUUAAAUAUUUUUUUUUUACAUAUUUCACUGAAUGUAUUAUUAUAGUUGUUGUUCCCUGAUAUGUUGUUAUGGUAAUGACUGUUAUUAGUAUUAUAUUUAUAUUUAGUUUUCUAUCUUGUUUAUUUAAUUGCUCAUUUAUUCACAAGUGUAAAAAGGUUGAUAUUAGACAUUUUCCUUAAAGUGGGUGGGAUCAUGUAGAUUAGUCUACUGAAAUUUCAUUUGCUUACUUGAUAGAUAUUGUAUUGAUAGUGAAGACCUUUCUAUCUUCAAAUUCAGUGUUUAUAUUGAAAACCACUUCUUACAUAUUUUCUGGAAUUAGCAUAUUCUGUUUUGAUAUUUGUAGUAGCUUUAAAAGAAGCUGUUAUGUAUGCGAUGAAAUCGUAAUGUCAAUUUCUAUUUUUUCAGGUUAGAUUUUUUUUAAAUAGAAAUAUGUAACAACAUGAAUGACUCAGUACAUGAAAAGUAGAGCAGUCUAUGUAUUUACAAUCAAAAUCAUAUAAAAUAGUUUCACAUAUAAUUGAC